GGCUAUAUUCAAAAUAUAUUGAUAUUGACCCAGUUCUAUGGGAUCUUAAAUAUGUGCCUGCUUCAAUUAUCUAGGUAGGUAGGUACCUACCCACCUCUGUUUUGAUUCUUGUCUGAAAUCAUUUAUAUCAAUGCUGUUCCAUAUACCGUCUGCGAUACAGUUUAGUAGAGAAAUUGGAAAUGAAACAACUCAACGUUUCGAUUCUCUUGAUGCUCGGCCAUCUGUUGAGAUUUUCUGCAGCGGGAUUUCAAAAUGAAUUUAACGACAUCACUCGUGGAUCUGAUCUCUUAUUGAAGUGGGAUCCGAUCAAUUCGACCGACUAUCCCCUUGUAGUCCACUCCCGGCUCAUCAACCAGACCAGUCAAUACGGGGCAAAUUCGUUAGAGGUUAACAUCACAAUUGGGCUCAAUGCUUCCUCAUUUAUGUGGAAAAAUAUUCCAUAUCCGCUCCCAUAUCUCGAAACGGCUAAAUAUGAAGUAGAAGUGUGGCCUCGGGAUUGGGGGCAAUCGAAGGCAUCGGUUUCGGCUUUUGCUUCCUCUUCAUAUUUCACAGUCUCUCAAUCAGAGGAAGCUGAGAUAACGGAUAGUCUGGGAAGCCCCUUUAAUGAGACGAUAAUCAUACCAUCCAAACCCACGACUCAACCAACUUCCAAAGGAGGAAUUAAUAACAAUACCGCAAUCGCAGCCGGAUUGGUAGUGCCUAUCGUGGUGCUACUCGCUAUCUUCGGGUUCGUGUUGACGCAACAACGACAGAAGAGAAUCCUCGAGGAAAAAAGGAAACAGAGGGAGGACCUCUAUAUCGAUUGAAUACACUACACGGCGGAAAUAGUCCCUCUCAUGAUAUGGAAGAUCGCUGCGUAGAAGCAGACUUAAAUGAUAAUACCGCAGCAAUCAUCCUAGGUCAACUCCAACUUUUAACGUUAUCUGGUACCUACCUAGGUAUUUAGUGUUCGUUGUUUGGAAAGUAUUUCGGGAGCUGGGGGUGAUCAUGAUUGACAAUUGGGUGGGUUGAAAUUAUAGAAGAGAUGAAGAGGGAGCUGGACUGCUGGGUUUCCACGAACAUAAAAUACUAGAAAAAGCCCACUUUUAGAGGCAUAUUAAUCGACAUAAGAGGAAUAACAGGACUUAUAAUGUCGUUAUUACAUAUAUUAGCUUUUCUAGGCGAAAACUGCCUCCGUCCUUGAUACCUAUAA